AUGAAACGACAAACACUAGCCCUCUCCUUCUCCCUCCUCUUCAUCGCCAUAACUCUGGCGGUGGUUGACGCGUUUUCGGCUGGUGGAUGGACUCCAAUAAAGAACUUGAAUGACAAGCAAACUAUAGAGAUUGCAGAGUUCGCCAUUGCAGAGCAUAACAAGCAAGCCAGCUCUAAUUUGGAGCUUGAUAGUAUCGUUAAAGGACUUGAAAGAUAUGCAGGUGAUAACAAGAAUUAUCAGCUUGUUUUGACAGUGAAAGGAGGAAAAGCUGAUGAACAGUAUGAAGCUGAUGUGGACGUUUCGGGGGAUUUGAAGGCUCUGAUUCUGUUUGUGCCUUUAAAAGGUUAA